UGUCCUCCUCCAAGCCCUCCCUCCUCAGACCCAAGCGCUGCAGUCCUGGCCCAAGUAGGCUGGGGCAGGACCUCGGUGGGGAAGACAGGCGCAGAGGACAGCGGUGCCCACCUGUGAAAAUGCCCAUCCCGAAGAGCCUGAGGGUGGCAGACUCUAAGGUGCCCCGGGCGGGCACUCUGCCCCUGAGGUCCUCUCAGAAUCCGUUUGAGGAGGCGCCAGGGCUGGAGGAAGAGCACGGGGAGCUGGGCCCCCUGCCCAACGGAACAUCGUGUGGCCGCCGCGCCACCCUGGAGAAGCUGGUGGGCCUGGGCCCCUUCCGGCUGGGCUGGAGCCCAGGCCGCCGCGCAGGCAGCCCCGGGGACGGGCAGCCGCGCUCGUUCCUGGGCCGCGUGCUGGGCCCAGGGAUUCGGAGGAGCUCAGCGGACUUCGGCCUGCUCGCCCGGCUUCAGGGCACCCGGGCCCACGGGGACGAGGAGGCCGGGGACACGGCGCGGAGGCUGGCCUUCCUGCGGCUGGGGCGGGGGCCCAAGCCCCGGCGCGCAUCCCUGGCAGAGAGGGUGGUGCCGGCGGGUGAGGCGGCUCCUGAACCCCCACCCAAGGUCCCAGAGCCCCCGAAGAUGAAGGAGCCACUGUCAGUGCUGGAGAUCCUGAGCCUGAUCCAGCGGCGCGAGCUGGCGCGCGCCGACGAGCACAUCCUGGAGCUGGAGGCGGAGGAGCUGGCGUUGUCGGGCUGCGGCGCCCCGGGGCCCCCCCAGGCCGAGGGCCGCCGCGCGCGCGAUGGGGGCGCCCGGGGGCCUCUCCGGGCAGCUGGAGGCGCUGCGCUCUCGGCUGCUGGAGGACAUGGCCGUGGUGCGUGGCCGCCUGGCCCCCGCCUACCCCGCCGGCCUGGGCGCCUUCGGCGUCUACCUGCGCGGCUACCACGGUGCGCUGGCCGAGUGGCUGGGGGCCUCCGCCCGCCGCAGGCUGCCGCUGGCCGACCGCUACGCGCUGCUGCACUGGCACAACCAGGUGUACCCCAGGGAGGUCCUAGGGCUGGUGGACAUGGUCGCUCUGGAGAAUGGGGAGCUGGGGCCCCUCCUGUCCGCCGGCACUCUGCGGGGUCUGGAGGAUGAAUGUGUCACAGAUGUCAAGGCUCAGACCCGGGCAGCCCUGCUUCGGGUGCUGCAGGAGGACGAGGAACACUGGGGGGACCUGGAGGACCGGACCAGCGGCCUGGCCCAGGACGUGUGUGAGCUGCUGGAAGAGCACACGGAGCGAGCACCCCGCAUCAGCCAGGAGUUAGGGGAGCGCAUGGCACACUGCUGUCUGGGCGGGCUGGCAGAGUUCCUGCAGAGCUUCCAGCAGCGCGUAGAGCGAUUCCAUGAGAACCCGGGAAUCCGGGAGCUGCCGCCUGACACCUACAUCAGCAGGACCAUCGCCCUGGUCAACUGCGGGCCCCCCCUGAGAGCUCUGGCCGAGCGCCUGGCCAGGGUAGGGCCCCCCGAAAGUGAGCCGGCCCGGGAAGCCUCGGCCAGCGCUCUGGACCGCGUGACCCGGCUGUGCCACCGCGUCCUGGCCGACCUGCUCUUCCAGGAGCUGCAGCCGCACUUCAACAAGCUGAUGCGCCGGAAGUGGCUGAGCAGCCCGGAGGCGCUGGACGGCAUCGUGGGCACUCUGGGCGCGCAGGCCCUGGCGCUGCGCAGGAUGCAGGACGAACCUUACCAGGCGCUGGUGGCCGAGCUGCACCGGCGCGCGCUGGUGGAGUACGUGCGGCCGCUGCUCCGCGGGCGUCUGCGCUGCCGCUCCGCGCGGACGCGCAGCCGUGUGGCCGGAAGGCUCCGGGAGGACGCGGCGCAGCUGCAGCGGCUGUUCAGGCGGCUGGAGUCCCAGGCCUCGUGGCUGGACGCUGUGGUGCCACACCUGGCCGAGGUGCUGCAGCUGGAGGACACCCCCAGCAUCCAGGUGGAGGUGGCCGUGCUGGUGCGUGACUACCCUGACAUCAGGCGGAAGCACGUGGCCGCCCUGCUCGAUGUCCGUGGCCUGCACAGCACAGCUGCCCGGCAGGAGAUCCUGGCCGUGGCCCGGGACCUGGAACUAUCUGAGGGCGGAGUGCUGCCACCCCCUCGGGACCACGCUUUCUUCUCCGACAUCCCCGUGCCUCGCCCGUCCUUCUGCCUCGGCCUCCCGCUUGUGCUGGGCCGCCUGCCCCUCUCCCGGCUGGCCAGGCCCAGCUUGGCCUGUCUGCCCCUGCGGCCUCGGCCCCUGUCACCACGGAGGCCCCGGGCCCAGCGCUGAGGGUCUCCCAGCUGUGCCUCAGUGUCCCCAACUUGCUGCUGGUGGCCCCGCCCCGUGACGCCAUGCCUGGGACAGAGCCUCGUGGGGCAGGAUCCUCAGGGGUCAUCUUACCCAUCCCCAAACUCCCCUCCAGAAGGACACAAAGGCCAGCGGGAGUGGAGAUUCCCAAGGCCACAGAGGCAUUCUGGCUCCUCCCCUGCGUGGUCCAGGGUGGCGGUGGCAGUGGCCGUGGCGUGGCGUUCUGGAAACUCAACAGAAAUAUCCCAGCCCCCCUCCCCCAUCUCAAGGUCUGGCCCAGACCCAGCGUAUUAAGGAAUGUUCGAUACUUAGAAUAAAGAGGUUUCUAUUUAACACUA